UUGCUCUGCCAUUAUCUAGUGAAAAACGUUAGAAUAUUAUAUUCUAGCUGUGUAAUAGCAGCCAACGUGUGUAAUGCUGGAAUGCAGCCUGCAUAUAUAUCUUACAUUAAUACAUAUAUGUAUUCAAAUCUGAUAUUUAGGACAUAAUUUUUUUCCCACAGUGAAAUAUGGGAGCAGUUGAAGAUAUUAGCGUGCUAUUUUUACUUCUUUUAUCGUGCACUGAGAUUCACUGUGAUGAUGUUUUAAUAUCAUCUCCAGUGGGUGAAAUAAGAGGAAUUUCUUCAACGAUAUCGUUUAAUGGUCAACCAUACAAUAUAUCCAGUUUUCUCGGUAUUCCAUUCGCAGAACCAGCUGUUGGACCAAGACGAUUUGCAAAACCUGUGAAAAAGGGAAGAUUUGUGACAACCUUUAAUGCAACCGAGGCAAAGCUAGCAUGUCCUCAAAACAUAAACUGGGCUUCCGGACUUGAUGAAAUACCAGUGAGUGAAGAUUGUUUAAAUCUCAAUAUUUUUGUGCCUAGUGGAGCGUCACAACAACAUCCGAAAGCCGUUAUGAUAUUUAUCUACGGUGGCGGUUUUCAGUUUGGAUUUCAAAAUUCAUAUAUUUCGGCCGCUUUACCAGUUUUGCAUGAUAUUGUGUAUGUAACUAUAAAUUAUCGUGUGAACGUAUUCGGAUUCUUGGCAAACAAGAAAUACGGUUUGAAGGGUAACUACGGUCUCUGGGAUCAACAUAUGGCGAUACAAUGGGUUCAUGACAAUAUUGCAGCAUUUGGUGGUGACCCUGGAAAGGUUACAUUGUUCGGUGAAUCCGCAGGAGCUGUUGCAGUAAUGUACCAAGCUUUGUACAAAGGAAAUAAAGGUCUCGUUCACCGUAUUAUUGCACAGAGCGGGUCAGUUGGUGCGGACUAUGCCUACAGUAAAUAUCCUGACUUAUCAUUUGAAGAUCUCACUAAAAGGAGUGGUUGUAAAAAGGGAACAUUUGAAGAGACCACUGCAUGUCUCAGAGCUAUGGAUUUUCGUGAUUUUAAAGACUUGUUACGUUUUGAGGAUAAUUUUUCGCCAGUUAAAGAUGGUGAGUUUAUUGAUUACGAACCCGAAAGUAUUUUUAAGAACGAGUCUCUUGCCUCCGCCGUGGCCGUAGGUAAUUUCGGUGAUGUCGAUGUUAUUAUUGGAUUAAACAGUGAUGAAGGACUUUUAGAAUUAAGCCUCCUUGCAAAAGUGUUGGGAGAAAACAUUACACAUUUUUCAGACGGAGUAUCGGCAGAAAGACUGAAAACUUACAUGAAAAGAUUUCUUACAAAUAUAAACAAAACCAGUGACAGUUUUGUCAUGAAAUCAUUAAUGCAUCAAUACACUGACUGGGCUGUUCCGCAAAGUGGACAUUCUCGUGGAACAAUGUUGUUAAAUAUUCUAAGAGACUUUUAUUACACAAUACCUGCAAUACAAGCUCUUAAUGCACAUUUGAACGAUAAGGCACGUGGGCAUACUUACAUGUAUUACUUUGACCAUAAGCCAAGUUUUUCCCUUUCUCCUGACUGGGUCAAAGGCGCUGAUCAUAUGGAGGAGAUUCCAUUUGUGUUUGGGUUUCCUGGGUUGUAUAUGUUUACCUAUGGAAUAUAUUCCGAAGACCCCGCCAAACUCAUGCCAGCAGAAGAAAUGAACCUUUCAAUGGCUAUGAUGAAAUAUUGGACACUGUUUGCAAAAACUGGAAAUCCAAAUGACGCCAAAGACAUAACUCUUACACAGUGGCCGCAGUACGACGUAACAAACAAAACGUACCUUAAGUUUAGAGCUGACGGGAACAAAGUCUCAAGUGGAAGUCAUUUCCGGGAUGAAUUUAACUACUGGACAGAGAUAUUUCCAGAUAUGUUACAAGUAGCUGAAGCAGCAAAGAAAACAGGGGAAGCGGACACAUGUUUGACAGGCUCAGGAGCAUUUGCAUCACUUUCGGCAGCAUGGACAACACUUUAUUUUUCUAUUUUGAUGAUAAGUGCAACAUGCAUUAUUUAAAAAAAAACACGAUGUUUUGCACUACAAACUGGACACAAUGUAUACAACAUGAGUGCUUUAGAGUAAAACGUCACAUGGUUGCUAUAUAAUAAUGCAGUUUCUGUUGAAAUAGGUAGAAAGUCAGACAAUAUAUUGAGAAAAUAUGUUAUAAUAGUUACCCCACUUUUACAUGAAGAAUCGUUUGAAAUCCAGAUGAUCUGCAGCAAACCCCAAGUGAAAAAAUGUUUUUGUCUAUCAAACGUAAUCCGUCCUGAAAGUACUAUAUUAAGUAGCUGUUAAAGUUCCAGAAGGCUUUAAAUUUUAUGUUGAAAACAAAUGAAACAGCUGUCCAAAUAGAUGCUAGAUGAUAGAUAGAUGAUCAGUAAAGAGCUAGUUUUAAUACUUACACGAACGUUUACAGUUAGAACCAUGAAGGGAGGUAACCAAAAACAAUAAAUUCAAACAAACAUAAAAAAAUACUGCAAAAGCAACUGAAGCUUUUCCAUUUCGGACGUUAGAUUUGGAAAUUUCGAUAUGGGACUGUCUAUAUUCAUUCAUUUUGCUACGAUAUAUCUGCACAGCUUUUUAUUAUGAUAUGAUUUUGCGAUUUUUUUAAUGUUUCUUUAAGUAAGUUUGUAAUUCUGUAAAUGCCAUGUAUGUUUUAUCUACAACCAGGGAUGGGGUCAAUUACUUGGUAACGUAGUGCAUUACCAUUACAUUGAGAUUUACCUCAUUACCAUUGCCAUUACAAUUACAUCAAUUUUGAAGAUAAUACAUUACCAUUACCAUUAAUAUACCCUGGUAAUACAUUACCAUUACCAUUCUGUUUAAACAUUUUAAAGAACGUUUAUAGAAUACUUAUCGAUACUUAUUCUGAAAGUUGUCACAUGUUAUGGGUGCACACAGUAAAUAACUAUUACUGAAGUUGAAAGUUACCCUAAAAUUGUCACUUAUAAAAGUCACUUGGCCUUAAAGUUUCCAAUCUGACUUAAGUACUUGAUCUUCUAAACGAAGAUCUGAAAACGACCCAUUCACAUUCGUCUUCUGUAUAUUUUGGAUUUCCAGUAUUGCUAUUUUUAUUUUAUCCAAUCAGACGACUUGUUCGAAUGUCAGAGAGUAAGAAAAAUGUGCAAUCAUUCCAGGGCUCGAACCCGGGACCCCUCGCUUACAAAGCAAGUGGCCUACCGACUGAGCUAACCGGCUAUCUGAUAUAUUAUGAUAUAAGAAUUGUAAAUAUCAAAAGUCAAGGCUACAGGUAGAUUUGCAAGAUGUUGUAAGUUAGGCUCUGAUUGGUUAGCGAAAGGGUCGUCAGAACGAGGCAAUGAAUAGGUCGUUCUCAGAUCCUAUGCGUAGCGUUAUAGGAUAUGUACUUUAGUCAGAUUGUAAAGUUUCCAGAUGUAUAAUAAUUAAGGAAUCUCAAAAUGGGUUUUCAGUGUUUCCAUCUUGACUAUACUCCAAACUAAAUGCGCAUGAUAUACUAUGAUAUACUAAUCUAUACAGUGAACAUAUAACGAAUAACAUAAUAACAGACUAUUCUUGAGUUACUAGUACAAUUAUCCUGAGCUUUGUUAACAAAAAAAAAAACAACAACAAAAAAAAACCACAAAAAAAAACAUGACAUUUACAAUAUACUGUGUUGAGCUGCCCCAGGCAGCACAGUAUAAGGGUACAUUUUGUAUAGGAUUUUGGAUUAAAAUGCUUAAAUGUGACUUUUAAUUCUUCAGACAUGCUUGUUUUGCUAUACCAAAUUCACAGGUUAUAUACCACAGUCCAUAGCAAUAGGUAUUGUACUUGUAUUAAAAUUUUGGUCACACAAUGGACAACACCUACAUUGUGAUCAGAGGGUAAAUUUGUUUAUUGAAACAUUUGUUUUAAAGACAAUAAAAGCAUGUAUUUCCUAAAUAUAUAGUAAUAAAAAGAAGUCUAUA